AUGCCACAAAAUGACUUUGUAGAAAGAUAUGUCAAGAAGCAUGGCAGAAGACUCGACUAUGAGCUCAAGAAGUACAAGAAAGAAAGAAGAGAGGAAAAGAGUGUUCAGAAGAAGGCAAGGAUACUGAUUGGGUUGAAAGCAAAGAUGUUUGCAAAGAAACAGCAUGCAGAGAAAAUACAGUUGAAGAAGGAUUUGAAGAUGAAGGCGUCGAAGCAGAAAGACGUAGAGGUCAAAGUAGAACACGAUCCACUGCCACACUUCUUAUUGGAUAGAGAAGUUAAUGAAAAAGCGAGGAGCAUCAACGACAAGAUCAAGCAGCAACGCCAAGAAAAAGGAUCGAAGUACUCAGUUCCGAUACCGAAAGUUCAUGCACUUCCUGAAAAGGAGGUGUUUGGGGUCGUUGCGAGUGGAAAGCGUAAUUCGAAGCAUUGGAAGAGGAUGGUGACAAAGCCAUGCUUUGUUGGAGAUGGAUUUACAAGGAAGCCGCCAAAGUUUGAAAGGUUCAUAAGGCCAAUGGCAAUGAGGUUCAAAACAGCACAUGUGAACUACCAGGAGCUGAACUCCACAUUCAAUCUGAAGAUACUUGGAGUAAAGAGUAAUCCACACUCUGAAAUCUAUACAGGGCUUGGUAUACUGACAAAGGGUACAAUUGUGGAGGUUGAUGUAAGUCCUCUUGGCUUAGUCAAUGGAGCUGGAAAAAUCAUUUGGGGAAAGUAUGCGCAAAUAACGAACAAACCAGAGAACGAUGGGUGCGUGAAUGCGGUCCUUCUUUCGUAG